GUCCCCAGGGAGCUGAACGUGGGGCUCCCCGGCUCACCAGUGGGACGCACCCCAAGGGUGCUAAGGCCAGCAGAGAUACUACCUUGGGUGAUGCAGGUACUUGAGUCAAGGCAAAGCAGGGUGUCCUAUAAGAGCACACGCAGGUGUCGAGUCUUAUGGGUCGGGUUGGGACCUGGCAGACCCUGGACAUUUCCUCCAUCUCACUGAAGCUCCACUCUGGGUCCAAGUGAGGCCACCCUGUGUGGAUGGGGCAGCGCUGGCCCCUCUCCGUGGACUGCUCCCCACGCCAGCCCGGCAGCGCUGGGGGCAGGGCAGCCCCUGCACUGGCCGCUGGCUGUUUUCACUGCAGAGCAGUUUGGCACCCUGGAGCAAAUAUGUCAUAUCAACAGGAGGGAAGCAUUCACAGGAUCCCCUGCUUGCCCCUUGGCUUCAGUGCUCUGUCCUGCUCCAGCUUGCAUAACAGCACGGGGGGAGGCAGGGCUGGCUCCCGGGGGCCCCGCAACGCCUGGCCAUAAAUAGGGGCUCGCCAAACUCUCCAGCACUGCAGCUCUCUGCCUCCAGCUCUCAGCUCGGCUCGGCUCGCCUUUGCCAUGCAGAUCACGCUGCUCAGCAUCCUGGGGCUGGCCCUGCUCGGGACACUGCACGCCCAGGACAGCAUUCCUGUCCAGGCUGACUUCCAGCAGGACAAGCUCACAGGGAGAUGGUACAGCAUCGGCCUGGCCUCCAACUCUAACUGGUUCAAGGAGAAGAGGCACCUGAUGAAGAUGUGCACCACCAUCAUCUCCACCACAGCAGAGGGGAACCUGGAAGUUACCUCCACCUACCCCAAGGGUGACCAGUGCGUGACGAGGAACAGUCUUUACACCAAGACAGAGCAGCCAGGGCGGUUCAGCUACACCAGCCCACGUGAGUGCUCAGCUUCCGUGGGCCAGCCCCGGACGUGCUCCCAGCCCUGCUGUCCCUGCUUCUGCCUUGCGGCUGAUUUGGAGCUUAGGGCUGAGCUGUGCCCCAUGUUCCCCACAGGCUGGGGCAGCAAGCACAACGUCCAUGUGGUGGAUACCAACUACGAGGAGUACGCCUUGGUGGCCACCCAGAUCUCCAAGAGCACCGGUUCCUCCACCAUGGUGCUGCUCUACAGCCGGACAAAGGAGCUGAGUCCCGAACGGCUGGAGAUGUUCACCCAGUUCUGCAGGGAGCAGGGCCUGACAGACGAUGAGAUCCUCAUCCUGCCCCAGACGGACAAAUGCAUGGCAGAUGCUGCUUAGGCAGAGCCACCAGCUGCUGCCAGCCCGAGCCCCAACAGCACCGCAAGCUGGUGACCACCCUGCCCCAUCUGAGCCCCAGUGGCCCCCCAGCACCACAGCAGCCUUCACUCCCUGUCUUCACAAUCCACACCUGUAUCCCUGUCUCGAUUAAAGCCCAUAAAAAAA